AUGGGGGGAACAAUCCCACCUGAGAUAUCUUUGCUGCGGGAAAGUUUUGAGUCUUUAAUUUUGACUCGGCAAUUGCAACUCAAAGGGGCCAUCCCAACCGAGGUUGGAAUGCUGACCAAAUUGACUGAGUUGAGGUUGCUGACGACAAACAUUCUUGGAACAAUCCCAACAGAGCUCGGUCUGCUGCAAAGUCUUGGCAUGCUCUGGAUCACUGAUUGCCACCUUUCUGGGCGCAUACCUUCAGAGGUUGGCAUUUUGGGCAGUCUAUCUACAUUGGUGCUGUCAAUGCCAGAUCUAACGGGUUCAGUGCCUAGUGAACUUUUCCAAUUAUCUGGACUGGAAUGUGUAUUGAUUGAUCGAUGCUAUGGCUUGAAUAUGGAAUACGUCCUUCAAGAUGCCAUCUGGAAAAUGCAACAGCUGGAGGACCUGACCCUGCGAAGCCGGAUUUUGGGGAAUAAGAUUUCAAUUCCAACUGAAAUUGGAACAAUGAUAGAACUGACAUCCCUACGAGUGGUGGACUGGAAUCUUCACAGCACUAUUCCAAACCAAGUUGGAAAAUUGGAGAAGUUGGUGAGCAACCAAAUCUCAGGAACUGUGCCGCCAGCCUUGUUGGAGUUGACCAAUCUGGUCCAUCUUGAUCUGGGCUACAACCAAUUGGAAGGAACACUGUCACCUGAUUUCUUCUCUCAACUCACAAAGUUGGAGGUCCUUGUCAUCAAUGGCAACCAUUUCUCAGGUUCAAUCCCAACAGAAGUAGGCCGACUGUCUAGUCUCUGGAAACUAGAAUUACAGAAUACCAGCGUUUCUGGCACACUUCCUACGGAGCUACUUCUACUGAAGGGGUUGGCCAGCUUGGUAGUCACAAACACAUCCUUGUCAGGUAGCAUCCCUGAAAGCCUGUGGGACAAAAUGUACCAGAAGGAAAUCAAAUGCUAUGGCCAUCCACCAUGUAAAAGUUUGUCAGUGAAAACCAACAAAACAGUCUGCCAUGGCACUUCUUUGUGUGGGUGUGAUUGUGGUCCUUGCCAAACUAACUAG